UUUGACGCCGCACACUAAAGUUUAAAGAUAUUGAAUAACUGCUAAGAGAGAAAGAAAAGCGUUUGAGGGGAUGACCAUGUUUUUACAUCUGAGGUUAAUCAGAACUGAAUUUCUUCUUUUCAUUUUGAUCAAGACUAGUUUAGCAGUCCUCAACCAUGGUAAAAAACCGCACAUUGUAUUCAUCUUAGCUGACGAUCUGGGAUUUAAUGACAUUGGCUACCACAACUCAAAAUUCAAAACCAAAAUUUUGGACGAGUUGGCUCGCACCGGGGUUCGACUGGAUAACUAUUACGUUCAACCUAUUUGUACUCCAACGAGAGCGCAGCUUUUAACGGGACGAUACGACAUACAUACUGGACUGCAACAUGGAAUAAUUUGGCCCUCGCAGGCGAACGCGCUGCCGAGUAACGAAACUACAAUCGCAGAAAAAUUGAAAGACAGUGGCUACAGGACCCACGUGGUCGGAAAAUGGCACCUCGGGUUCUAUCGUGAGAAGUUUAUACCAACAAGAAGGGGAUUUGAUUCGUUUUACGGUUUUCUAACCGGUGGACAAGAUUACUACACACAUCGGAAUCGACUCGGGUUUCCUGCAUCGGGUUACAAGUUUCUCAACGGUUAUGAUUUUUGGCGGGAUGAAAAGCUUGAACGAGAUGUAGUCGGGAAGUACACCACCAAUCUCUUCGCCAGAGAAGCCGAAAGGAUAAUUCAAGAACAUGACCCCCAAAACCCACUUUUUUUGUUUUUAUCAUUCCAAGCUCCCCACUCGCCGCUACAGGUACCUGAACGAUUUUUGAAGCAGUACAAAAACAUUAAGGAUCACAAUAGACGCGUGUACGCUGCCAUGGUUUCUUGCAUGGAUGAGGCGGUUGGAAACGUGACACGAGUGCUCAAGAAACGCGGUUUGUGGGAAGACACUGUGCUCAUUUUUAGCAGCGAUAACGGAGGACAAGUCACGGCGGGGGGAAACAACUGGCCGCUGCGCGGUUGGAAAGCUUCGCUGUGGGAAGGAGGCAUAAGAGGCGUCGGGUUUGUAAACAGUGAUCUGAUUCAAAAGCCGGGGAGAGUUUAUAAGGGACUGAUGCACGUGUCUGACUGGUUUCCCACCAUUUUGCACUUGGCCAAGGUAUCGGUUGAGGGCAUUCCUCUAGACGGGGUAAAUCAGUGGGCGAGCAUCAGCGAGAACUUGACGCCACCGAGGAACGAGAUCUUACAUAAUAUUGACCCUGUAGAUACAUUCUGGGGAAAUCCGGACGGAUAUUCUCACUGUCGUAGCGCCGCUUUCAGAAGAGGGGAUUGGAAACUCUUACUUGGUUGUCCAGGAAACGGAGAUUGGGUUGCGGCGCCGGAAUCCGGCUCCAAGACCCAGUCUUCCUCCAACCAACAUAACGCAAAUAGCGUGUUUCUUUUUAACAUCACGGGCGAUCCCCAAGAGAAGAGAGAAAUUUCAGAACAGUUCCCAGAUGUAGUGCGCGAUUUACUCGGUAUGAUAGAAAAGUAUAAUACUACUGCGGUGCCUGCUAGAUUCCCAGACCCCGAUCUCAAAUCCAAGCCAGUAAAUCAUGGAGGGGUCUGGAGACCUUGGAUGGACUGAGUAACCAGGAAGAAUAUCAAAUCGUUUUUGUUUCGGUGUUGCGAAUUAUGCUAAAAAUAAUCCAUUAUUUUUGCUCGCGCGCGAUUGGUCUAAGUGCAGCACGUGACCGAACACUGGGCGAUAUCCGAGAAUAACGCCCAAGUGCUAUUCCCUAGUUUUCAAACCUCACGUCCACUACCACAGAUCUUCUUUUAAAGAUUUAAUUCAAGACGAGAGAACGUUUUGUGAUGGUUACAGAAGAAGGGAGAUAUUUUAUUGUUUAUAAAGUUUGUACUCCAAAGAAAACAUCUAACGCUUCAUACGGUUCGUAAACAUUUUUUCACGCGCGUCGCAAAGUCUUUUAAGGAUACUAAACACAAUAGCCUCUAUUUUGCGCGAAAGUGUGCCUGUACAUUUUCCCUUGACACUAUUUGUUCCUCGAAGUUCACAGUUUUCCUCGGGCUUCGCUCUCGGUAACUGUUCGCAUAAUGGAA